GUAGAGAAUUCUUUUCUUUCUUUUUAACGUGAAUUAUGUGUAUUUUGGAUGAUUACUUAUUUUGUUGUUGUUUUAAUUGACAUGAUUUCUUUUGAAAUUCAAGUUUGGAUUGGAGAAUGGGAAGUGGGGCAAAUAAAGUGUUGCUUACUUCAAACGGAGAUGAGAUUUCACAGAAUAAUGCCUUUCAUUUGGUUAAACAAGGAUGCAGAUUGGUUUCGAUGGGAAAUGAGAAGGUUUUAAGGAGUAUCGGCGAGAAGAUAACAGGUGCAAUCAAAGGUGCUUUUCCAGUGGAGGCAGUUGAAAUGGAUAUGGAAGAGGAAAGGGAGGCAAGUUUUGAUGAAGCAGUGGAUAAGGCAUGUGUAAUUUUGGGAAAUUUAGAUGCUUUUGUGCUUUGCUAUACAUAUGAAGGUAAUUUUCUCUCUCUCUUUCUCUCUUACUUUAUCCACACUGUAGAUAAUACUUUUAUCUUGGUUGGUUGAUAAACU